CUAGGUGCCUCGGGAGAAAGCUGCAGAGGCGGGCCCUCCUGUUAAGCAAAAUGUUGAAUUCCGUUUUCACACUCCCCCCCCCCCAAUGCUCUUUGAGCGCCUCCCAUCCGUUUGGGGCUCCCAGGUGCUGUGCGUGUUUAGAAGGACCCUCCAGGUGGACCUGAGGCUUGCAACCCUUAAGAGCCACCCAGUAAGGCCGCCUGGUGAGCCGAGAGCAGGAAACCUCUAUUGGAGUAGAAGGAACUAAAACUAGACAGGAGGAGCUCCUGUUUGUCACUCACCGAACUAUGUUAGAUACUAAAGAAGGCUUCCCCACAAUCCAUUUGCAUCUGCUUUGACUGGUGGUUUCUAUCAACCUACAAAGACUGACUUAUUGGUGAGGGCAGCUGGACAACUCUGAGAGCAACUUAGAGAAAUCCAUCUUGGGCACACUCUAUAAAGGAGCUCCUUCUCUGGAAAUAGCACCCCAGAUAAGUGCACAAAAGCAAGACACCCUCGUGGACCUACUUCCUCCCGCUUUCAACACCCUGAUGCCUGAAGCUAUGCUUGAUACUAAAGGAGGUUUUCCCACAUUUGCAUCUUCUAUGUUUUGAAAUUGCAACUAUGGACAGUUAUGGCUAAUCCUAGUAGAUUGUCUUCCCUUCUUUUAACAUCUUGGAUGAAUUUGGGGCACACUAAUGUGUUAAGUGAAGAUGGAUGUUGAAUUUUGUAGAAUUUGACAGCAGUAUCAAGAGCUGAUGAGGAAGAGAAGAUGGAAAGGAGUCUAGCGACUUAAAAAUCUCAUAGCGUUCUCUGUGAGCUUCAGGUGCUGCUCCAAGCCCGGACAGUUACUUCAGGUCAGGUGGUUGUUCCCUCUUUGCCCCCUUCUGCACACGCUCUUCUGUGCCUUCUGGAAUCAUCCUCAUUGCUGGCAUCAAAUGCCCUCUGUUGAGCCAUUUGUUGCCUGCACUGUUAGGGCUUAAGGGAAUGAAUAAAGAGAACUGCGCUGCCUGCCUGUCCCUGCUGUGUAGGGGCUCCCAAGUCUAAGACACCCUCCACCUGGACACAUAGAGUGAGCAAAAACACGGAUGGCAUGUUCUGUAAGGGGGUACCUGAAGGAAUUCCGCACGGAGCAGUGCCCACUCUUUGUGCAACACAAAUGCACUCAGCACCGGCCCUACACCUGCUUCCACUGGCACUUCGUGAACCAGAGACGUCGCCGGUCCAUCCGCCGUCGGGACGGCACCUUCAACUACAGCCCCGACGUCUACUGCACCAAGUACGACGAGGCCACAGGCCUCUGCCCGGAGGGCGACGAGUGCCCAUUCCUGCACAGGACCACAGGGGACACUGAGCGCAGGUACCACCUGCGCUACUACAAAACUGGAAUCUGUAUCCACGAGACAGACUCAAAAGGCAACUGCACCAAAAACGGCCUGCACUGUGCUUUUGCCCACGGGCCCCAUGACCUCCGUUCCCCUGUCUACGACAUCAGAGAGCUCCAGGCCAUGGAGGCCUUGCAGAACGGCCAGACCACAGUAGAGGGCAGCAUAGAGGGCCAGACGGCUGGGGCUGCGAGCCAUGCCAUGAUAGAAAAAAUCCUCAGUGAGGAGCCACGGUGGCAAGAGACUGCUUAUGUGCUGGGGAACUAUAAGACGGAGCCGUGCAAGAAGCCCCCGAGGUUGUGCCGCCAGGGUUAUGCCUGUCCCUACUACCACAACAGCAAGGACCGGCGGCGGAGCCCCCGGAAACACAAAUACAGGUCAUCUCCGUGUCCGAACGUAAAACAUGGGGAUGAGUGGGGAGACCCUGGCAAGUGUGAGAACGGAGAUGCCUGCCAGUACUGCCACACCCGCACGGAGCAGCAGUUCCACCCAGAGAUCUAUAAAUCCACCAAGUGCAACGACAUGCAGCAGUCGGGCAGCUGUCCCCGAGGACCUUUCUGCGCCUUCGCCCAUGUAGAACAGCCACCCCUCAGUGACGAUCUACAACCUUCUUCAGCUGUGUCGAGCCCCACUCAGCCGGGUCCCGUCUUAUACAUGCCGUCUGCUGCCGGAGACUCGGUGCCCGUGAGCCCCUCCAGCCCACAUGCCCCUGACCUCAGCGCUCUCCUCUGUAGAAACAGCAAUCUAGGAAGCCCAUCUAAUCUCUGUGGCUCCCCCCCGGGCUCCAUCAGGAAGCCCCCGAACCUGGAAGGCAUUGUCUUCCCUGGGGAGUCUGGCCUCGCCCCUGGCAGCUAUAAGAAGGCUCCUGGCUUUGAGAGGGAAGACCAGGUGGGAGCUGAGUACCUGAAAAAUUUUAAAUGCCAGGCCAAGUUAAAACCCCACUCACUAGAGCCCAGGAGUCAAGAGCAGCCUCUGCUUCAGCCCAAACAGGACAUGCUGGGCAUCCUUCCCGUGGGCAGCCCCCUGACCUCAAGCAUCUCUUCUAGUAUCACCUCCAGCCUGGCAGCUACUCCCCCUAGCCCUGCAGGCACCAGCAGCGUCCCUGGCAUGAAUGCAAAUGCUCUGCCCUUCUAUCCCACCAGCGACACGGUAGAGUCAGUCAUAGAAUCUGCCUUGGAUGACCUGGACCUGAACGAGUUUGGGGUGGCCGCCCUAGAGAAGACUUUCGAUAACAGCACAGUGCCCCACCCAGGCAGCAUCACAAUUGGUGGCAGUUUGCUGCAGAGUUCUGCGCCCGUGAACAUCCCUGGUUCCUUGGGCAGUUCUGCUUCCUUCCACUCAGCAUCCCCGUCCCCUCCUGUCAGCCUCUCCUCACAUUUCCUGCAGCAGCCCCAGGGCCACCUGAGCCAGUCAGAAAACACAUUUUUGGGGACCUCAGCAUCACAUGGAUCUUUGGGUCUGAACGGGAUGAAUAGCAGCAUCUGGGAGCAUUUUGCGUCUGGUAGCUUCUCCCCAGGCACUUCCCCUGCCUUCCUGUCGGGGCCAGGGGCCGCUGAGCUGGCCCGGCUGCGGCAAGAGCUUGAAGAAGCCAACGGCACCAUCAAGCAAUGGGAGGAGUCCUGGAAGCAGGCUAAGCAGGCUUGUGAUGCCUGGAAGAAGGAGGCGGAGGAGGCCGGUGAGCGGGCCAGUGCAGCAGGUGCUGAGUGCGAGCUGGCCCGGGAGCAGCGGGACGCACUGGAGGGGCAGGUUAAGAAGCUACAGGAAGAACUGGAGCGGCUGCACUCGGGCCCCGACCUGCAGGCCCUGCCCACCUUCUCUGACCUGGAGGCCCUCUCGCUCUCCACCCUCUACUCCCUCCAGAAGCAGCUGCGCGCCCACCUGGAGCAAGUGGACAAGGCCGUGUUCCACAUGCAGUCGGUGAAAUGCCUUAAGUGUCAGGAGCAGAACCGAGCGGUGCUGCCAUGCCAACACGCCGUGCUGUGUGAGCUCUGCGCCGAGGGCAGCGAGUGCCCCGUCUGCCAGCCCAGCCGGGCCCACACUCUCCAGUCGUGACCCUGCAGGCCUGGCCCCGGCCCGGCUCAGAUCAUCUUUCCUAGGACUUUUUAAAGUAUAUAUAUAUGUAUGUAUGUAUGUAUGUACGUAUGUAUGUAUGUGUAUAUGAUUCUGUAUAUGUAUACAUUUCUGUGCGCGUGCGGGUGUGCGUGGGCAGCAGUGUGUGAACAGUGUGUAUCUGUACGUAGAUAUAGACACACACUUUAAAACAGACUUACCAAGCACUUUUUAAAAGAAAAAACUCUUUUGCAGCCCUCCCCUUGCCCAUUCUGUCCUUUUCCAUUGCAGAGACAAAGUCCCCUCAUUGCCCACCGGCCUUUUGGCAGGGGAUAGGUUUCUCUUUUUAAUGUAGGAAAACUAACUAGUUUUAACUUCUUCCUGGGGCCCGAGCAGGAAGCUGGAAGGGGCCAAGGGGAGGGACCAAGCCUUCAGGGCAGGCCCUGUUCACUGCACCUCCCGAGGCCAGGGCCAGAGCCAGGGGUGUGGACAUCGGGGGGACAGACCUGGUUCCCAGCCAUGAGGCUUGAGAGGGGGGUGUGCCGGGGGUCUCAGCCAGCCUAGCUCCUAGGUUUUACCAAAUGUGUAUCUAGUCUGGGGCUGGCAGGCCAAAGCUGCAGGGGCCAGCCCCACUCCCAACCCUGGGCCCUUGAAGCUCCUUGAGGGGCAAGGCCCAGGAGUUCUACCCCUCAGGUUCCUGAGGCCAGGGGUCCACCUCAGUCCUCUCCCUCCGGGCCCCCAGAGCAACCUCCCUGGCCCCAGGACCACCUACCAGACUGGCACUGCCCUCUUCAUAACCCCCCAGCUGCUGUCAGCUUCCUCCCUUUCCCCCCUACCCCCUCUGGCAGCUAGCAGGGCAAUUGGUGGGGAGGAGCUGCAGACUGGGGACCAAGGUGGGGCUUAGGCCCUGCCCUCCUCACCGGGAGGGGCUCCGUAUGCAUUCCUUGGUGCUCUCUGAGUGCAGCUGACGUCCUGCCCAUUUGGAGCGGACGCGUGUGUACAUGUGUGUGCGUGCCUGUCCAAUGUAUAUUGUGUCUUAGCUUCCAUUUUAAAAAUUGUUCUGUACAGAAAGAUGCAGUGGGGGCGGGAGGGCAGAGCGGGUGGAGGGAAGCCACCCUGCUCCCAGCGCUGGGGGUCUGGGGUGGGAGCAACAGGGCUGUGAAGGGUCUGGUCUGGCCCAGGCUCCCCCUUGGGCUCAGCACGAAAGGGCUUUCAAUGAAUUAAGUGAAAACUUUUUUUUACAAAAAUGCAAAAAUCAACAAAGCUCCAAACCUAUUGGAAAUAAAAUAUGAACUUAAAA